CGGGAGCGUGGAAAGUCGUGAGUGCGGCGUGGUCCUCCUGGUUCCGUUGGUCUGUCUGCGUCCGCUCUACAGACGACAUCAGGCUGCUUUCCUAAACUCCGAUUGGCCCAGAACCGCUCGAAUGAUCGGCUCGGAAUGUAGUGAAAGAGACGCUGAAUGAUUCAGUGAACACAUUCAGAGGAGACAUUUUGCAGCCCCUGAUACUGAAGAUGGAUCCGCACGGCACCGUGAGGGUGGACCUGCGAGCCGAGACCAGGAGAGUCUGAACUACAACUAUCACAGAGCGCAGAGCAACAAGUGGAGUUCAGACUGACCAUCAGCUGCAGAGCCCUCAGAAGGAUGGGUGGUGGAGGGCAGAGCCCGGAUCCACGAGAGGCUGUGUUCACCUGGGAGCAGGUGCAGAGCCACUGCAGCAAGAACGACCAGUGGCUGGUCAUCGAUCGGAAGGUCUACAACAUCACCCAGUGGGCCAGGAGACACCCCGGGGGGUCCCGGGUCAUAGGUCACUAUGCUGGACAGGACGCCACUGAAGCGUUCUCAGCAUUUCACCCCGAUCAGAAAUUGGUGCAGAAGUUUCUGAAGCCGCUGCUGAUCGGAGAGCUGGCAGCCACGGAACCGGGUCAGGAUCGCAACAAAAAUGCAGCAAUCAUUCAGGAUUUCCAGUCUUUGCGUGCGCAUGCGGAGCGAGAGGGUUUGUUUCAGGUGCAGCCCUUCUUCUUCUCCGCUCACCUGGGACACAUCCUGCUGCUGGAGGCCGUCGCUUGGCUCCUGGUCUGGAUGUGGGGGACUAGCUGGACCAUGACGCUGCUGUGCUCUGUGCUCCUGGCUGUUGCCCAGUCCCAGGCCGGAUGGCUGCAGCAUGACUUCGGCCACCUGUCGGUCUUCAAGAUCUCCUGGUGGAAUCACAUUUUCCAAAAGUUCAUCAUCGGACAUUUGAAGGGGGCGUCUGCUAACUGGUGGAACCACAGACACUUCCAGCACCAUGCUAAACCAAACAUUUUCAGCAAGGAUCCCGACGUCAACAUGCUGCACGUGUUCGUCAUCGGCUCGACUCAGCCCGUCGAGUACGGCAUUAAAAAGAUCAGAAACAUGCCCUACAAUCACCAACAUCAGUACUUCUUUCUCGUGGGACCACCGCUCCUCAUUCCAAUCUACUUCCACGUUCAAGUCAUGUACAACAUGAUCUCUCGCCGCGACUGGGUGGAUUUGGCCUGGAGCAUCUCCUACUACCUUCGCUACUUCUGCUGUUAUAUUCCCCUCUAUGGCCUGCAGGGGUCCCUCGCUCUCAUCUUCUUCGUCAGGUUCCUCGAGAGUCACUGGUUUGUGUGGGUGACCCAGAUGAACCACCUGCCCAUGGACAUAGACCAUGAGAAGCACCAAGACUGGCUGACCAUGCAGUUGCAGGCCACGUGCAACAUCGAAAAGUCUCUUUUCAACGACUGGUUCAGUGGCCACCUCAACUUCCAAAUAGAACACCACCUGUUUCCGACGAUGCCACGCCACAACUACCACAAGGUGGCGCCACUGGUUCAGGAGCUGUGUGAGAAGCACGGUCUUCACUAUCAGGUCAAGACACUGUGGGAAGGCCUCGUUGACGUGGUUCGGUCACUGAAGAGCUCAGGGGACCUGUGGCUGGAUGCGUAUCUCCAUAAAUAAGUCUUAUAUAUUUCUUAUAAUUGAUAAUCAAUAUUGUGAUAAAUGAAAUGGUUUGCACGAGUUUCUAGCGUUUUUUGUGGCUUUUCAUCCAUACUUGGACUGUUGGUAAAAACAAAUAUAUAUGCAUAUAUAUUGCAUCCAAAGACUGAAGAAUGAUGUACCUUUUACCUAAAGAAUAAACACUG